GGAAGAGAAGAGAGGCAAACAAGGAGCGUAAGGAGACAGAAAGAUUAAAGUGAAUCCCCAAAAAAGGGAAAGCUUAAAUCUUUAUUUUUUUUUUGUCUACUUUUUGAAGUUUUGAUUCAUCCUUUUAAACAAACUUGACUAUAAUACCUAUCUACUCCAUCCCUCCCAUUUUCAAUUCUCCCCAAAGCUAUCAUCAUUUCUAUGAAGAAUUUUUCAAAAGAGAUCGGCCAUAGCCCUUGUUGUAGUGGACAGAGACACAAUACACUUCUCCAUCUUCUUCAUCACCACUAGAAUUGAACCAAUUCCAAUGCUUCUAAGAUCCUCCAUUUCCACAACCAAGAAGUUCUUCCAAAAAACCCUAGACACCUUCAAGUCCUUCCUCUCCAGUGGCUACCAAAAGCUCCCCAAAAGCCCCCCAUGCACCCCUUUUCCUUGCCCUGACAAUGCACCACACUACAAAGACCUAGAGAGAUUCUACUCCGAUUUCACAGCCCAGUGGGACGAAACCGAAAAGGGAAAAUGCAGGAAGAGAACCAAGAAAAAGGACCCUCCAGACCACUCAAAAGCCCAUCAAACACAAGGAGAUCAGAAAGGCUCAUCUCAGGCAAACUUUAACCCUAAUAACCAUCAAGGCAAGAAAGGGGAGGAUCAGAUGGCUCAGAGGAGAAAGAAAAUUGUGUACAAUGGGAAAAAGUAUCAAGAAUUUUCAAGGUUGAGAGAGGAGAGGAGUUAUGUGGUGGCACAGAAGCUAAAGGAGCUGAAGAUGAUUGAUAACAGCAAUGAAGAGCACAUGUUGGACGUUGAAGAAAUUCUUCAUUAUUACUCAAGACUCACUUGCCCAGCUUAUCUUGACAUUGUUGAUAAGUUCUUCAUGGAAAUGUACUCUGAGCUUUUCAGCAUUAUCCAAUCAUCCCCUCAUCAUCAUCAUCCAUACAAUUCAAGGUCAGAUAAUGUGACAUCAUUUCAUGAAUUGUAUUAGCCCAAAUUUUCUCAAUAAAUUUAUUUUUUGGGUA